ACGGAAGUUUGUGGAUAAACAUCUGCACGGUGAACACUUUCCUCCGUUGUGUGCGACUUAAACAGCAGGUUACCUGAUGCCCAUGCUCAGAGUUUCAGUUACUCUUCUUACUUGAGGCUGUAGAAAACGCUGGGUGGUAUCAUCUUUGGUGCGUUGGAAACAUGGAUCUCGGACUUGCGUCUAGUCCUGGCGGUGGCGGUAACGUUAACGUUACUGAAACGCUGAGCGUGGUGGUGAAAGAAGAAGAUGUAAAAGAAGAGGGCGAAUAUGGUCACAUGAUUACAUUUCAACACAAUGAGGAAAAACCCGUUGCAGAGCCUCUCUGUAAAACUGAAAGGGAUUUUGAGACAGACAUCGCAGAGUCCAACGUUACGAACACUGAAACGCCACAGACAACAGUGGAGGUUAAAGUGAAGAAAGAAGAGGAUGAGGAUGAGCUAGCUUAUCUCCUGGGUGCGUCAGGACACCCACCCAUGAAGCAACAGGAGGCACAUGGACAGAGUGAUGAACUCAACCUGCAACUCACAGGCAGACUGCUACACUGUCUGUACCAAUGCAUCAUCUGCAGGAGGACUUUCACAGCCCUGCGAGAACUCGAGGAACACCAGCAAACGCACUCUGUUGGUGCGAACGACAAGCAGAACGAAAAGCAGAACAAAAAGCAGAACACGAGCGGCAAAACGUCGUAUGAAUGUACUCACUGUGGGAAGACAUUUACAACAGCGAGAAAUAUUAAACGCCACAUGCAAAACCAUGCUCUCCUGGAAAAGCCAUAUGCAUGUGCUCGUUGUGAGCAAGCGUUUGAAAAUUCCCAAAGUCUCAACACCCACAUGGCAACACACACUGGAGAUAAGCCUCGUAAAUCUAUCCACUACGGCGGAGCUUUUAUACACAGUUCCUACCUUAAAGUCAAACUUCGCACGAUGGCAGACAGUGCUAAUAUCGUCGACCUGAUUUUGGCGAUGCCAUUCGAAAGCCUUCCUCACGAGGAGAAACUUCGAAUUAAAGAGCAGGGCAGAGCCACGCCCAAGAUCGAUUUAGUGCAGAAGAUUGGGCAGAGGAACAGGUCCUUUCAGCUCUCCUGGUACGACAAAGUCAGCUGGCUGACCGCAAGCGCCGUGACAAAGAAAAUGUACUGCUGGCCGUGCCUCUUGAUGAAAUCGCCUCACGGAUGCGUGGUUUGGUCAAAGGUGGGCUUCGGAGAUCUGUCUAACUUCGACCGAGCGUACAAAAGGCACGAGAAGAGCAACGAACACGUGAGUGCCAGCGCGAGAUUAAGCUGCAUGGGUAGGCUGAGGGUCGAGCAUGCCAACAGCGAAGGUGCCCGCGUUCAAGUGGCCAAACAUAACGAGACGGUCAAACAAAACAGGGCCUUCCUAAACCGCCUGAUUGACGUGACGUCCUUGCUCGGGCGUCAGGAGCUGUCAUUCUGGGGCCACGACGAGAGCAGCGAAUCACCCAACAAGGGGAACUACAGGGAGUUCACCGAAACGUUAGCUAAAUACGACCCUGUUCUGUCCACGCAGUUCGAGUCCUCGACCGUGUUUUCGGGCACGUCCCAUACCAUUCAGAACGACCUGAUCUCCGCUCUCGCCGCCACCAUCUCCGACGAGAUCAGAGAUGAAAUUCAGGAUGCUCCCUUUUUUGGGUGGCAGGUGGAUGAAACGACUGACGCGUCCUGCCGUGCCCGACUCUCGGUCAUCGUCCGCUACGUGGACGCUGCCGGUAAAAUUCAGGAGCGCUUUAUUGGAUUUUUCGGCGCACCCGAGGGCCGAGAUGCUCAGUCCGUUUUUGAUGUGUUGAUAGAGAACAUGCAGGACUACAACUUUAAGGAGAAGCUCGUGGCACAGACCUACGAUGGGGCUGCUGUCCUGCCUUCGGCUCUCAAUGGUCUUCAGGCCAAAGUGAAAGAAAUGGCUCCCAGUGCAAUGUUUGUGCACUGCUAUGCACACAGGCUGAAUCUGGUGCUGUCGCAGGGCGCUAAGUGCCUGCCCGAGUGCAGAAUGUUUUUUGCGUCUCUCUCUGGGAUUGCCACAUUUUUCUCAAAAUCCACAAAGAGGAUGUCUUUUCUGGAGUCUGCGGGCCGUUCGAGGUUGCCCGGAAACGCUUGUACUCAAUGGAAUUUCACAUCACGUAUAGUGAGCACUGUGGCAAACAACUACGACGUCCUCCUGCAGACAUUUGAUGACAUCAUUGCAGAUACGACAGUGGACGAUGACUCACUUUACUGUGCCAAAAGCUUUGUGAGGAAUCUGGAGGAUUUCGAGUUUGUCUUCAUGUUGUACACAUUCGAACACAUCUUCUCUGAGGCUGACGCGGUCUUUGAUGCAGUCCAGCAGAGGGCUAUGGACGUCCUUUACUGCAAGAAAAGAAUCGAGUCUCUUCUUGCGUUUGUCAAGGAGAAGUCGUCCGAGGGGGCUUUCCAAGCCGUCUACGCCAAAGCGGCAGAUCUCACGUCAGACCCUCGAGACGAGCCCGCGAGAAAGCGUUGCCGGCGGCGGCGGACCCAACCGGCGGAUCCGCAGGGGCGCUACAGGACUCUGUACGCGGUCGUCCUCCACAUCAUGGCGGAGCAGAUCCCUCAGCGCUUUGCAAAUUUGGAGAGCAUGCUCUUCUUGGAGUUAGCCAAUCCGGGGAAGUUUGAUGACAUGACACAGGCGUUUCCAGAGGAGGCAUUCCAGAGUGUCCUGAAGAAUUACGGUCGUCACUUCAACUCAGGGAGACUGAGGUCUGAACUCAAAGUCCUGUAUUCCAACCGGGACUUGCAGGGCGACCGGGGAAAGCUGUGCGAUUACUUGGCGUUCCUUAAAGACAUGGAGCUGGACAGCGCCAUGCCGCAGCUUUACAAACUGUUCUCGUUAGUGGCAACGAUCGGAGUCGCGUCUGCAGCGGUAGACGGGAGCUCCUCCUGUUUAGAGCGUCUCAAGUCCCACAGCCGCAACACCGCGGGCCAGGGCUGUGGGAGCAGCUUAGCUCUGCUGGCCGUCGAGAGGUCACUGGUCAAGUCCCUGGAGAAGACGCCCAGCUGGUACGACCGGGUCACCGAGCAUUUUCUUGAAAAGGAGCAUGGGGCAGAAUAAAAAUAAAAAUUGUCAUUUUUUUUUGUUAUCAAAGUUUUUUUUUUAUUGUGUUUCAUAAUUCAUUCAACAAACAAACAAGCAAACUGAAAUACAUCUAAAAUAACAAAUAAGACGACAUACAGUGCUGUGAAAAAAGUGUUUGCCCCCUUGCUAAUGUUGACUAAAAAGAGGAAUAUGAAGUCAUCUUUUGGAAAUUGAUCUUCAUGCCUGAAUUUGAAAAAGGAGUAAAAAUCCAACCUUUAAGGACACUAAUGUUCUUUGUGAAUGAAGAAUGUAUCUUAAAUAAAUUAAUGUUUUUCUUAUUAAGUAUUUGCCCCCCUAUGUUAAAUUCCCAUAGAGGAAGGCCAGCUAUUUCAUGGAUCCAGGAUAUUAUGCAUCCUGAUAGUUCCUUGGCCUUUGGAAUUAAAAUAGCCCCACAUCAUCACAUACCCUUCACCAUGUGUUUGACUGUUUGACGCUCAUUGAGCUCAAUGCAAAUCAAACAGGCUAACUGGAAAAAAACAUGAGGAUCAAUGUCCAAAAGAUGAUUUUAUAUUCCUCUUUUUAAUGUGAUUGAUUGAUCCGCACACUGGGUAUAAGCUCCAAAAUACACUUUUUAUUCACAUUGUCUACCACUUUUGUCCGGCACCUGGAUUAGUGUUUCUGUGGAUGUGCGCACCUCAACCAAACGCCAUAUUCCUCUUUUUAGUCAACAUUAGCAAGGGGGCAAAUACUUUUUCACAGCACUGGACAUCAAUUAAGACUGCAUAAAGGGGGCAAAUACAUCAAAUAAGACUGCAUAAAGGGGGAUUUCGUAAUUGCUGAUGCAGCCUUUAAGCCAGGUAAUAAGCUAGUUUCGUGAAAUUACUUGUGCUAAGCACAUAAAUUGAACCAAUACAUGGCCGGACUUCUACGUCAUGAGUUUCCCUCAUGUUGGAGGGUCUGACCUGUUUUAACCUUGUCUUAUUAUACUGUACAAUAAAGAUCA